AUGCUCAUCAUCCCAUCUGCGAGCUUACAGGUCGAUAUGUCGUCUUCGCCGGAGCACACGGCGACGACCUCCGCGUCGGCCACGCCUCCGCCAACGGCGACGGCUGCCGGCAUUCCAAAUUCGACGACUCCACAAAUGAGCGGCGGCGGCGACCAGCAACAAGUGCCAUUCCAAAUGAUUCCGCCCGGCGCUCACUUUUUCGCCAAUCCAUUUAUGAAUCCAUACAUGGCGGCUGCCGACAUGAAUUCGUGGCAAAACGGCGGCCAAUCAGCGGAGAGCAUAAAAGACGGCCAACCGACGACUCAGGCGGCUCCGAUGCCGAUGAUGAUUGCGCCGGCGCAAUAUCAGGAAAUGAUGCAGCACUACCUCCAGCAGAUGAUGGCGGCUAGUGGGGCCCAGUUCCCGAUACCAUUUCCGAUGCAAUUCCAACCAGCAACGACGGCUGCGUUCCUGAAUAAUCAUCAGCCGAGGCCAUCAUCACAGUGCUCAUCAUCGCACAAAUCCGAAGACGACGGCCGUCGGACAGCUGGUAGUGUGACAUCGAAUGUGUCACCAAAUCAUCGAGAGGUUGGCAAUGAUGCUGAAACAUUUAAGGACGAGAAAUUACCGACAGAAAUUGCGUGUUCAUCAACAACCACAGACCAAGGCAGUCCGGAUUUGUUCGAUCGAGUUGAUGAAGUCAAUGAGCUCGAGCAGAAUAAGGAGCCAAUUGCUGAGAUAAUUGGAGAUGUGAUCAAAGAUUCAAAAGAGCAGGGGUCCGAGAAACCUACGAUGAAUGAGAAAUCGGAUGGGGAUGAGAAGCGAAAGAUGUCCGGCGAAUCGUCGAGUGAUCGGACGGACAGUCUUAUUCGGAAGCAGAUGAGCGAAAUCGAGAAGGAGAUCACAAGGCGAUCGCAGAAUAAAAAUAUCAAACAGAUCGACGAUCGCGAGCUCGCCGAGCUUAUCGGACCAACGACAGCUGGAGCGGAUUCUGACGCUUUUGCUCAUUUCUCAGUUGACGAUAAGAGCGCACUUCCUUAUACGGCGCCGAGCACAUCUGCGGACAAACCGGCGGUUGUUAAGGAAUCGCUGAACCAACUGAGAAGCUCUUUCAAUCUCAACGAGGAGAAGCCGCAGCAGUUGCCACAGGAGCUGCACCAGGUCCAACAAUCGGCUCCGUUUCAGUUCGUUGCCAACUCGAAUCCAUUUUCGCCGCAAAAUGCAUUUCCCAUUGGAGUUACGAUGCCUCAACAGUCUGCGUUUUCGACGGCCCCACAAUUUGCCAUGAUGCCGCAGCAACAGCACUUCAUGCAACCACAGGGAACCGGAUUUGUCACGAAUGGCACGAAUCCGUUCGCGCCUCAACUUAAUCCAAGCUUCAUCCAACAGCCAAUUGGUGCCGCUCAGCAGCAAGCCUCACACCAUUUCACCCCGGAUCAACUGGCGGCGGUGUUCGCGCAGCAACAGAUUGCUCAACAAGCUGCAUGCACAUCCGGAAUUGCUCCACCACCUCCUCCGGCUCAUCCGAUCGCGAGGAAGUCAAGCUCGGGUGGCUGGCCAGCCGAGGACAACAAGGAGAAUGGCUCAUCGAGCUCAACAACGACGACGGGUGCGAAUCCACAAGCGCCGAAUGGAAGUGAUCCGAAUGAUCCGGUUUGGGUGCUUCGCGAUUCGUAUCUCAAGAAAAUGCAGCGAGAGCAGCGCAAUUCAGCCGAAGAGGAAAUGAGCUGGCACGAGGCGGCGACGGCAGCGCAGGAAGCCGCCGAAAACGGUAAUGUUGACGAGGAAGAGCAGGAGACGGACCGAUUGUUGAAUGGAGGAGAGGGAGUGACGAAAUCGACGAUGGAUCGAACGUCGAUUGAUAAGAAGAAAAAUAGCAAAGAAGCUCUUGUACACGAACCUGCAGUUCUCAUCGAGGGCGUUCUCUUCCGUGCAAGAUAUCUUGGAUCAACCCAAAUGCUUUGCGAGAGUCGCGGCUCGAAAGCUGCUCGAAUGGCUCAGGCGCAAGAGGCUGUUGCUCGAGUCAAGGCGCCUGAAGGAGAUGUGCAGCCGUCGACGGAAAUCGACUUGUUCAUUUCCACAGAAAAAAUAAUGGUUUUGAAUACGGAUUUACAAAGGAUAUCAGACACCGAUGUUCGGCAAGAUAUUCUCAUGGACCAUGCGUUACGGACCAUAAGCUAUAUUGCGGAUAUUGGGGACCUUGUGGUCCUAAUGGCUCGCCGAAUGUCGACGAGUCACUCGGAUGAAUCUUGCAAUGAAAAUGAAAACGGUGUUCGCAAGACUCCGAAAGUCAUUUGCCAUGUGUUCGAAUCCGACGAGGCCUCCUUCAUUGCUCAGUCGAUCGGACAGGCCUUCCAAGUCGCUUAUGUCGAAUUUCUUCGUGCGAAUGGAAUCGAUGAUCCCUCAUAUUUAAGGCAAAUCGAUUAUCAGGAAGUGCUGAAUUCACAAGAACUCCUCGGUGAUGAACUUGAAAUGUUCGCUAAAAAAGAAACUCAAAAGGAGGUGGUGAUUCCAAAGAAGAGCGGCGAACCAUUGGGAAUCGUUGUCGUCGAAUCCGGCUGGGGUUCGAUGCUUCCGACCGUAGUCCUGGCCCAUAUGAAUCCAACGGGUCCCGCAGCGCAUUCGAACAAAUUGAAUAUUGGCGAUCAAAUCAUCAAUAUCAACGGAAUUUCGCUCGUCGGAUUGCCGUUGUCAGCGGCGCAGACGCAAAUCAAAAACGUCAAAACCGCGACGGCAGUUCGAAUGACAGUCGUCUCGACACCGCCAGUCGUCGAGGUUCGCAUUCGGCGUCCUGACACGAAAUACCAAUUAGGAUUCUCGGUGCAGAAUGGGGUGAUUUGCUCGCUUCUUCGAGGUGGAAUCGCGGAACGCGGCGGCAUUCGGGUUGGGCAUCGGAUAAUUGAGAUCAAUGGAACAUCGGUGGUGGCAGUUGCACAUGAUAGAAUCGUGAACAUGCUUGCAACAGCAGUCGGCGAGAUCCAUAUGAAAACCAUGCCGACCUCAAUGUUCCGACUUUUGACUGGUCAAGAGACGCCCCAAUACAUUUGA